AUGGAUUUCAGUACAGCGGGGGCCGCAAGGGAUCUCCUCCACAGCUGGGGGGGGGUCGAGCUGGCGGUCCAUCUGCAGGCCUCGUACGGGCGGUACCGGGGCCUCUUCGGCCUGGCCUCCGCCGUGGCCGACCUGCACACCGCCUUCUUCUGCUUCUUCCCGAUCUGGUUCCACCUGCGCCGGGACGCGGCGCUCAGGCUCGUCUGGGUCGCCGUCCUCGGCGACUGGCUCAACCUGGUGCUGAAAUGGGUUCUGUUUGGGGAGCGGCCGUACUGGUGGGUUCACGAGACCCGUGGCUGCAGUGGAUCACAUGCUGAAGACCUGAUUGAUCGUACGGGCUGAUGUCUGUCUGUUGCAGGAAGCCCUUCGGGUCAUGCCAUGGGGGCCGCCGGGGUCUGGUAUGUGAUGGUGACAGCGCUGCUCGCCAUUGCAACAGAGAAGCAAUGCCCUCCGCUACUAUACAGACUCCUGCAGGUAGGCCUAUGGGUGCUAAUGGGCCUGGUAGUGGUGGUGGUCUGCAUGUCCAGGGUCUACAUGGCCGCCCACUUCCCGCACCAGGUGGUUGCCGGCGCCGUUACGGGCGUACUUGUCGCCGAGGCUGUCUCGAAGGAGAAGUGGAUCUACAGCGCCGGCAUGAAGAAGUACUCCUACGCGACCCUCUUCCUGACCUCCUUCGCCGUCGGCUUCUACCUGCUCCUCAGGUCCGUGGGCGUGGACCUGCUGUGGACCAUGGAGAAGGCCCAGAAGUGGUGCGUGAGGCCCGAGUGGGUCCACCUGGACUCCACGCCCUUCGCCAGCCUCCUGCGCAACAUGGGCACCCUGAUGGGCCUGGGCCUGGGCCUCCACUCGCCCCUCCGCGCCGAGAAUGAGAAGAAGGAGACAGGCAGCGGCUUCAAGACGGGAUGUAUCGCUGUCUCCUUGUUUCUGCUUCAGCUGUUGGACGGAUGGACCUUCUCUCAUGAAGAUCUGAUGACUUUCUACCUCCUGUCGUUUGGAAAAAGCGCAGUUGCACUUUUUAUCCCGACUGCGCUGGUUCCCUGGGCGCUCCACUGGAUUUGCAGAGGAAAGAGGGAAGACAAGAACUUCUGAUUUCAUGUCCAACUUGAAGAGUUGAGAGUCAAUUAUGUAGUUAAACCUACAUUUAAACCUUCAUGAAAAUGUGCCUGGAGUUAUUGUGCUGGCCUGGAAUCAGUACGGUAGAGUUUAGGCUUAUUUAGGUUGGCUCUGUCCAAAGUUCCUGUGAUAUCUCCAAACUUUAAGAAUAUAGAAAAAGGGAAGUUGAUUUGCGAUUCUUUGAGGGAGUUUGUGUUGGAGUGUGUUUUGUGAUUUUGCAAUUUUACAAAUUGGUCUUUGUACGUAUUGAAGACAGAAAAUACAAGGUUUCAGAACAGUGCUGCAAGGAUGACCCCUAAAAACUGGAUAUGAGUCAGAUACUUUGCACGUUGUUUCAAAAAUAAAGUAUUGUUUAACACAAGCUGCAGAUAUUUAAGUUUUUUUUUUUAAAGAAGUCGGUAAAUACCAUGUCUGGUGAAUUUUGGAGCAUUUACGUGCAAGUCCCAAUGAGACAACUGAACGUUCUCACUAGAACUUUAGGGGUGAAGUCAUGUGACCCCCCCAGCGGCGGAGUUCCUCCUUCUGUCACUUAAAUGACGUCUUUUCUUUUCUGGCCUGCAGCUAUCAACUGAAAAACUGUUUGCUUUCUGCAAAAGACUUAUAGAUUUUUUUUUUUUUUUUCCUUCCCCAGCGGCGCGCUCGACUUGUCUUGUUUUCUCCAAACGUCCCGGAGCGAUACGGCUCGUUCCAAACAGGAACACCCGUCAAA